AUCGGUCCUGCACACGCAUAAGGGGCAUGCUUGCAAACUUGUAGUUGCGAGCGCCUUCGCUGCUUUGUACACGUAUCUUUUUCACCAUUCUCACCGCCCAGCCCAGUAUCCUGCAGCGCCGCUCGUCAAGCCAAGACACUUGAAUGGCGAGAUGGCGUCUUCUUCAUUGACAAGCGCAUUGGCUCGACUCCCGCUGCGCUUAUCAAGUCCAAUUCUCGGACUGCUUCUCCUGUGCUCCCUCCCAACACUAAACAACCUACUUCAGGUGAAAUCUGACCUCAUGUGUCGCAGUGUGCAGUUCAAGCUUCAGACCAUCAUUCACAUCGUGUCUUCCGGGCAGGACAAUGAGCCGGCACCAUGGGACCUUUGUGAAGACACUUGCAGAAGCAAGCGACGAGACUUGAGGCAGUUGCCAGUGUUCCGAUGGCAUAACGCUCAGCCCCACCCAUGUCAACGACAAGGACCAGUUUGUCUAAAGUUCAGAGCAUACCUUAUUGGCCGUCACCCGACGGACAUGCCCAAUCAUGACACUGCAUCAGAUGCAUACUGGCAGCAGGCGACCAGUCCAGAUCAAGGCUUCAUAAGGCCAAUCGACUUCGCAACAUCAUCGAGCUCGUAUUUUGGCCACUAUUGGCUGCAGUUCAAUCACAAACGCAACACAAAAGUCAAUGUCGCACCAUUCAGUGUACCCAAAGCCUGGCCCUGCGCGUGUGUUUUGUCUGUGCACUAUCCAAGAAUGUCGUCUUCAAGCGUUCUAGUUCCUUACGGCUUUCCUCAAGACAGCGGAGACUUUCCUAGAACUUUGACAGACUGUGAUGAUGCAUCAGUGGCUAAAAUGCACGAGCUGAGAGGGUGGCAAUACCUCCCGCCUGGAGUAUCUCAUGCAUAUGAAUCUGGCAUCACGCCGUCACAGGACGCACCAAUCCCUUGUGACACUCCACUAGCACAAAGUUAUUGCCACCAGGCCGGUUAUGACGAGCAAAUGACUACCGAUGCAGAAUAUAUCUUUCAAAAUGCGCAUCUUGGUGGCCCACAAGGCCAAGGAUGGAACGGUCUUGUUCCAUAUCUCUAGCCUUCUCUUGUCAAGUUCAUGACGGCUUGGCAAUCGCUGUUGAAGUCCAGCAACUGAAGUGCACCGAUACUAAAACUGACUAUGUCGUUGCAUUUGUGCAUGCCUGUAUCACUGGAUUCUUAGUUUGAGGUGAGUAUAGAUCAUCACAGCAAUACCGCAAGAACAAGACUAGAGUAUAGUUUGAAACAUCAUCCUGCA